AUGGUUCUUUUGAACAUCGUCGAUACUUUUAAAGUACGCCGCUCUGUUCGGAGCUUUACAGGUCAAAUAUCAAAAGAAAACAGCCAGAUUAUUGAGAAUAUCAUUAAGGAAUGUAACGCACUUAAAUCUCCAUUUGGAAAGAAUACCGAAAUUUCGCUAACUGAGCCUGGUAUCGGAACUUAUGGUGUAAUAAGUAAUGAAUCUGGUUGGAUAGCAAUUAAAAUUCCAGUAGGUGUAGAAAAAAAGGAAGAUUACUAUCAAUACUUAAUCGAUGGUGCAUUCAAAGGCUCGGUUGCUGUUAUGAAACUAACCCAAAAUGGAAUUGGAACGGUUUGGGUUGGCGGGUCUUUCAAUGAAAAAAUUGUCGAAUCCAGAUUUCCAGGAUAUCAUAUUCCUUGCGUAAUAGCGUAUGGCAUCUCAUCUGAUAAAACUAAAAUAAUGGAUCAUUGCAUGAAAAUACUGCGCGGAAGAUCAAGAUUUGAUUAUACUUAUUUAUUUUAUGACGAAAAGGCUCAUACAUCACUAAAAAAGCAGCCUGAAGGCAAGAUUGGAGAAAUACUGGAAUGUGUUCGUUGGCUUCCUUCAGGUAUUAACAAACAAUCCUGGAGAAUUUCUUUCAAUGAAAAUGAAAGGAAAUUCAGAAUAUUCGAUUACUAUAACCUAUCCAACGGAUAUUCUCCAUUUGAUAUAGGAAUCAUGAUUGGAGGAUUUUAUUUUUAUUCCCAAGGACAUUAUAAAGUUGAAUUUGAAAAUUAUCAAGAGUCUUAUCCAUCUGGAGGAAAAUAUAUAUGUUCAAUAAUUCUUGAUGAAUCGUUGUUUAACACGUAA